AGAGAUAUUAGUGUUUCAAGAGUGUUAUAGUUGAGCUGGGCUGGAUCAGGCAGCUCAAAAUGAAACAACAAUCUCCUUAGAAAACUUUGCUUUGCCUGUAAUAAAAGAAUUGAUUUAUAUAAAAAAUCUGAUGUAAAUCAAGUAAAUAGAUUUUUUAUUUUAUUUGUUUUAUUCAACUCUUGUACAAAUAUGUUUUGUUACUUUUGUUAUGUUAGUUUUAAUUGCAAUGUUGCUUUCAAGGGACAAGAAUGUAUAGCAAGAACUUGCAGAACUCGGACAGAAGUGAAUUACUGGAUCUGAACACCUGAGUAGGUAAAGAAGCACAGCUGCACAAGCAAAGAAGAAACACUACUACCAUGAAUGCCCAAGACUUGUAUGACAAUGUGCUGCAGGGAAGAGAGCCCCAAGAGUGACACCACCAUUGAUGAGAAACCCGAGGACAACCUCUGGCUACAACUGGGCUUUACUGUGGACUCUGAGACAGGUGAGCAUUUACUGUCUCCUAAGAAAAACAUCAGCGGAGGAGACGUGACCCUUGACUCUGUGUCUCCUCUUAACUCUCCGUCCUUCACCCUCAAUGAGACAGUACCAGACUUCAAUCUUGACUUCAACCUUGAUGAAGCCUUGAAAUUUGUUGGACUGAACUGCUCUGAGACUGGGGAAACUGUCUGGAAGCCCUCAGAGCCUGAACCCACCUCUGACAACAAGGAAAGCCCUGGUAAGGAGGAGGAGGACAGCGAGGACAGCUUAGACACCUUGAACGACACCCUGGACCAUAUGAUCCAGGCCUCCCAGCUUCAUCCUCAACACCCGUGCUCACUACAGUUCUUCUGACAGGCACCACGGGUGAAAACAUGGAGGUGGACAACAGUGUGGAGAUCCCUCUCAACAAGGCUACCAUCCUGCAGGGACACCAGAGUGAGGUGUUCAUCUGUGCCUGGAACCCAACCACUGACCUUGCCUCAGGGUCAGGAGACAGCAUGGCCCGCAUCUGAAACAUGAAUGACAGCACCACCUCCCUGAACCAGCUUGUUCUGCAGCACUGCAUUCAGAAAGGAGGCACUGAGAGGUUCCCAGUAACAAAGAUGUCACUUCCUUAGACUGGAAUUGUGACGGCACCUU